AUGAGUUGUGUGAGGUGUGAUGAGAUCACAGUGAGAGGACAUGAGGGAGGAGAUGCUGUCAUCAACUGUACAUGUCAGAAGGGUGAUGAGUCCAUCCAAAAGUACCUCCGGAAAGGAGAGUCUAAAGACCAUGUUGUCAUCUGGUCCAAAAAGGGGAAAGAGUGGACCCACAAAGAGAGAGUAUCUCUGCAGGACAAGAAGGACAUACACAUCUUCACUGUGACCAUCCGUAAACUGACCCCAGAGGAUGCUGGGAUAUAUUGGUGUGGAGUUAAGAAAUGGGGGGGAAUUCUGUAUACCAGAGUGAAUCUCACAGUAGAUAGAAAGCCCAACAAACCGACAGCUGCCAUUCCCACAGUCACUGCAGAGGUCACCACGGUUACUAACCCCAACACUGUACCUGUUAGCAAGCCCAACAAACCAACAGCUGCCAUUCCCACAGUCACUGCAGAUGUCACCACGGUUACUCUCCCCAACACUGUACCUGUCACUGCAGAGGUCACCACGGUUACUCUCCCCAACACACCAGUGUCCACCCAUAACGCAACAACUGCACCGCUGACCAACAUCACAGAGUCUGAUUCCACAUCAGCUGCAUCAGGCGUGUCCUCCACUAACGCAACAACCAGAACGCUGUCCAACAUCACUGAGAGGACCACACACUUGCAGUCUGAUCAAAAUCAGAAGUCACCUACAUCAGGUGUGUCCACCCAUAACGCAACAACCAGAACGCUGUCCAACAUCACUGAGAGGACCACACACUUGCAGUCUGAUCAAAAUCAAAAAUCACCUACAUCAAGCGGCCAUCUAGCUGUGGGUCUUGUUGUUGUUGCCGUGGUGAUAAUUGCUCUGCUUGUAGUGACUUUUAGGCUGAUGAAGAGAAGAGCUGAGAAAAAAAGAGCAUUACCCACAUCUCCUUCUGGAAAUAUCAGACCAGACUCGUGUGUGUACUCAGAAAUACAGCCUACAUCACCGCAUGACACUGAUGGACCCAACCAGAGUGACCAAUGGAGCAGUCCAGCUCUGACAUCCAUCUAUGCCCUGGCAACACUUCCAGCUCCUGACCAUGACCCUGCCAGUGCUAAAGCAGCCAAUCAGCUCCCUCAACCCACCACCUCCAACAUGCAACCAGCCAAUCAUCUUCCUCAACUCACCACUGCUGGUGAUGGCAUUUACUACCUGGCAACCAAUCCGAUGCCAGCUCUGCAUUCAUGUACGACCUCAGCAACCAAUCAGCACUGUGAGUCUGGCCCUGCCACUGCUGCCACUGACAGUGAUGACAUCUACUCCCUAGCAACCAAUCCGACGCCGGCUCUACAGACAGGUGCUUCUGCAUCCUCAGCGACCAAUCAACAGCGUGUGUUUGACCUUGCCAACUACUCCAACAUCACCUCGGCCAAUGACAAUCCAGAUGGUUCUGAAUACGCCAUGGUUGUCUUCAGUGAUGAGCCAAUUGGCUCUGAUUCUGCCAGUUUCUCCAAAAGUGGCACCUCCCCUUAGCUAGAAAUGGUAGGAGAUCUUGGCCAAUAGCAAGUGGUGAUGCAUGGUGUUAGUUUGUUUCUCAAGCUACGCAAAACGACUAACCACAAAAGGUCGUGAAAACUACCAGAACACACCACAACCAGACAUUUUGAUGCUACUUCAAAAUCAGCAUGUAGUUUCCUCUUCUUUGUCUGAAUCGGUCUCAACAGAGCCUGUUUAUGGAGAGCCUGUCGACUCCCUAUCCACCCCUACCUAUUCUAUCCAAAUUGGUUGCAGUUCACCCAUAGUUCCCUUAAGGCCGGUAAAGAGCGAGUCCCAAAUGAAUGGGAGUCUACGGGGCUAUACGGCGAUAGACAUUUUUUCACUUGCUUCUCAUCAAAAAACUAUUAGUACCCCUGUGCAUUUAUUCUGGC